CUUUUCUUCAGUCACAAAACGUAAACGUCCCGGAUCCUAGAAUCCAGCUUUUCGCAGUCCCGAAUGAUCGCGUGAGAUAGUCGCCGCCGCCGCCAUGUCCCUGUCCAGUAUAUUGCCAGCGCCGUCCAACCCGAUAUGGGACCGCGAAGACGAGCGUCGCCACAAGGCUGCGUCCUCCAGCUCGGGCUCGAAUUUGGGUGCGCUCGUAAGUGCGAAGAUCGCAUCGCCUCCGUAUGGCCAGCGCAAGGGCUGGGUCCCCCGGACGGAGGCCGACUUUGGUGACGGGGGUGCCUUUCCGGAGAUUCACGUCGCGCAGUACCCGCUGGGGUUGGGAGCUCCGGGGAAUGCCAACAAGAAGUCGAAUGCUUUGGCCGUCCAGCUGGACCAGAGUGGGAAGGUGAAGUACGAUGCGAUAGCCCGGCAGGGCCACGCCAAGGACAAGAUUGUGUACUCCAACAUAAACCAGCUGCUUCCGGCGGAGGUUUUGUCCGAGGAUGCGGAAGAGCUGCAGAUGCCGGACCAGGAAGCGCUUGAUGAAAUUACGGAAAACACUCGCCGGGCGCUGGAGAAGCUGACCAAUCAGAAGAUUGUGUCGGCGAUGCCAGUGCGGGCUGCCGAGAAGCAAGGUCCGGCGCAGUACAUCCGGUACACUCCGUCGCAGCAGGGCGAUGCGUUCAAUUCCGGGGCCAAGCAGCGCGUCAUUCGGAUGGUCGAGGCACAGGUCGAUCCGAUGGAACCACCGCGAUUCCGCAUCAACAAGAAGAUUCCCCGGGGGCCACCGUCUCCGCCGGCACCGGUUCUUCACUCGCCGACGCGCAAGGUUACCGUGAAGGAGCAGAAAGAGUGGAAGGUUCCGCCGUGCAUUUCAAACUGGAAGAACGCCAAAGGUUACACCAUCCCACUGGAUAAGCGUUUGGCCGCCGAUGGUCGCGGACUGCAGCAGGUGCACAUCAACGAAAAGUUCGCCAAAAUGGCCGAAGCGUUGUACAUUGCUGACCGGAAGGCACGUGAAGCUGUCGAGGCCCGUGCCCAGCUGGAGAAGAAGCUGGCCCAGAAAGAGAAGGAAAAGAAGGAAGACAUGCUGCGGCAGAUGGCUCAACGGGCCCGUGAGGAACGUGCCGGAAUUCGUCAUCCGAACGAAAUGGCUCAAGCCGGUCCCAGCGGAGAAGGCAGCUCAACGUCGGCCGAGUUCCGCGAGCGUGAAGAAAUUCGUGCCGAACGUCACCGGGAGCGUGCACGCGAUCGCAACCUGGCCCGCGCCGCCCCUGACAAGCGAUCCAAGCUGCAGCGUGAACGCGAGCGUGACAUAUCCGAGCAAAUCGCACUUGGAAUGCCGGCCAAGAGCAACCUGGCCGGUGAAGCCCAGUUCGACCAGCGUCUGUUCAACACUUCCAAGGGCAUGGACUCGGGCUACGGCGAUGACGAGGCGUACAACGUGUACGACAAACCGUGGCGCGAAGCCGGAACACUCGGCACGCAUCUGUAUCGGCCCACCAAGGGCGCCGACAAUGACGCGUACGGGGCCGACCUGGACCAGAUCAUCAGCACGCAGCGCUUCGUGCCGGACAAGGAAUUUAGCGGUACGGAUCGGUCGGCGCAGGCCGCACGCCAGGGACCGGUGCAGUUCGAGAAGGAGGAGGAUCCGUUCGGUCUGGACCAGUUCUUGAACAUGGCCAAGAAGGCGCCGAAGCGCAAGGAGGACGCCAUGGCCGGGGGCAGCGGAAGCAGCAGCAGCAAUCGCGACAAGGACCGUAAGAAGCGGAGAGAUUAAGAGGAGUCUUUUUUUUUAAUUAAAUGGAAUGAAGUAAUAUUUAGUUAUUAGACAUGCAUUACAUGAUUGGGUGUAACAUAAAUAAAUAAGUUUGACGUAA